AUGCUCACUGCAGUUUUGCUUCUGCUAUUGACCUACUUUAUAUUGGCUCUGUUUCGAAAACGAGAUGAUAUUAUACAGUUUUUUCAUGUUCGAAAGGUUUGUUUGGAGGAAUUCAAGAAAUUAAAGGGACCACCAGCGGUGCCAAUAUUCGGAACAACAUGGUUUUUCAAAUCGGAUCCAGUUGAAAUGGUCCGAUUAGCUCAAUCAUGGUUCGUCGAAUAUACCUUAUCUCCUGAUAGCAAUGGUCUUAUGAAAUUCUGGAUGGGUCCAGUACCAGUCGUCGCAAUCAGUCGAGGGGAAGUCGCAAAAACGAUUUUUGAUAGUUCCACCAACAUCACCAAAUCUAGUCAAUAUGACAAGUUGAAGGAAUGGAUUGGAGAUGGACUCCUAAUCAGUACUGGCAACAAAUGGAGAUCUCGAAGGAAGAUGUUGACACAAACUUUUCAUUUUGCCGUUCUCAAAGAGUACCAAAAAGUGUUCGGUGCUCAGGGAAAAGUUCUGGUGGAUGUUCUCCAGUUAAGAGCAAAUAAUGUGUAUCCAUUUGAUAUAAUGCCUUACAUCAAGAGAUGUACACUGGAUAUCAUUUGUGAGACCGCAAUGGGUUCCUCCAUUUCCAGCCAACUUGGAUCUAAUGACAAGUAUGUGGAAUCAGUGAGACGGCUCAGUGAACUGGUUUGGAAUUUCGAGAAAGCUCCACUCUACUGGCUGAAACCUAUCUGGUAUCUAUCAGAGAAUGGAUUGGAAUUUGAUAGACAUGUCAAACUAACCACUGAUUUCACUAGAGAAGUCAUUGAAAAACGGAAGGAAGAACUGAAACAUCAGACAUCAGAAGAUCCAUCGAAGAAGUUAGCUUUUCUUGAUUAUCUUCUGAAAUCUCAAGCAGAGCACCCAGACAUUUUAACCGAUGAAGGAAUUCGAGAGGAAGUGGACACGUUUAUGUUCGAAGGACAUGAUACUACAUCUUCUGGAAUCACUUUCGCAAUUUGGUUUCUCGGACAAUAUCCAGAAUAUCAACAGAGAGUUCAAGAUGAAAUGGACGAGAUUUUCGGAGAUGACUUUGAACGUCAUCCGAAUUCAGAAGACAUUCAGAGAAUGGUUUUCUUGGAACAGUGUAUAAAAGAGACAUUGCGUGUGACACCGCCUGUCCCGUUUAUUUCAAGAAAACUGGAGGAAGAUGUAGUGAUACCACAUGCAACAAAAGGGUCAGUUUUUCUCCCAGCUGGAAUGAAUAUCAUAAUUAAUAUCAUUACAAUAAUGAAAGACGCAAGAUACUUCGAAAGGCCAUACGAAUUUUAUCCGGAACACUUUUCUCCAGAAAGAGUGAAUGCUCGUGAGGCUUUUGCUUUCAUACCAUUCUCGGCAGGACCACGAAAUUGUAUUGGUCAGAAGUUCGCUCUCCUCGAGGAAAAAGUUAUUCUUUCUUGGAUUUUCCGCAAUUUCACUGUCACUUCGAUGACAAAAUAUCCCGAUGAACUUCCUAUUCCAGAAUUAAUCUUGAAACCACAAUUUGGAACUCAGGUUUUGCUGAAAAAUAGAAGAAAACUUUGA